AUGCUUCAGCGGCUCACGGGAGAGCUGGCGAGGUGCCCGUCAAUCCAACAGCAGCCCGUUGGCUGUCUGUUGGUCGUGUGGGCGGUGCACACGGACUCCGAGGGCAUUUGGAGAUAUUUCCGUCUACUGCUUUUGUGGAACAACGCUUUUGCUGCCCGUGCCGUUUGCGUUCGUCGUUUAUCCGCGGCUGACAUUCUCCUCUCUUGUCGGAUUAUUUUAUUUUUUAGCCUCGAUUGGCCGGACCUGAUCCUCUUGCGUUUUACUCUCUCAUCUCGUGCACUGUUUUGUUUGCUGUUGUAUCGCUCUCUGUGUUGUGUUGGUUUCUAUGUGGCCUCCCGCGGAGUAUGGAAUGAGGAAAUUUGCAAGUGUUUGUGCUCUGGGGACUUGGGGUGUCCAUACAUCGCAGCAUCUCGUUUGUUUUUUGGGGGCGGGAGAGUCGGAGGACUGUUUGUUUCAAGGGAAGUAGAGAGUGGUCGUCUUGUUCAGAAGCAUGGAGGCAAGCAAGUUGCACUAGUGAAGCUACAAGGGAUAAAUGACAGAGCGGCGGCAACUGCUCUGUCGGGGUUUCAAGUCUACGUACACCCAAAGCAGAGCAGCUCCUUGCUACCACCACACAGCGUUUUGGCUGCAGAUUUGGUUGGAUUUGACGUCCGCCUCUCCAACAAUCCGAAUAAGGAAAUUAUUGGGAAGGUUGCCGAUGUUGUCUCCAAACAUGACAUGAGACUCAAGCCGGAGGCGGUGGGCGCUGCAGACGACUGUCUGGAGAUUGAGUUCUACAAGGACCUUCCAGCACGCCGUCUGCUAAUGGAAGCCUACAGAGACCCUGCAGCGCCACCACCUGCUUUGCUCGCUUCAGCGUUGCAUGCACUGGGUCCCGAUCAGCCCCCGUCCAUGCAGCUCGAAGAGGAGGAACCUCCGGUACUGUACGAAUGCGAGGGCUGUGGUCUUCGCUUCAGCGACUGCGCAGCAGCAGUGACUCACGAACGACUGUGCCUUCAAGCCACCCAAAGGUCGAGCAAGUGCCCUGACAAAUGCGGAAGUCAACAAACAACGACAUCAAGCGCCGACGACCAAGAUGCGCUCCAGUGGAUGCUCCAAACGGCUGCUGCUGCCUGUGACUUGCCUACCCAUGAGCAGCAGCAGCAGCAACGGCAGCAGCAGGUGCAGGGCUGCAGCGGCAAGGGGCUUUGGGAAGGAGAAAACAGUGCCCAGGUGUCUCCCCCGAGUGUUCCACAUGAGCUGUUGAGCCUGGAAGGUCCUGAAGGGCGCUCGGGCCGUCGGCUUGGUCGUCAUUUUUAUCAGCGACUGUCUCUGGGGAGUUUAGUUUCUUGGGAUCGAGGCCGUCGCUUUUUUCCCAAAAAAGGAGAGGCAGCUACCGAUGCAGCGGAGAGGGCUUUGAAUUUUGCGUGCCCCAGCAGCAGCGGCGGGGAGGCGUCGAAGUAUGCAGAAGCGGAUUGGAGUGACACCCAUGACGUCGUCAACCUCUCGUCGUGUUUGGGGGUGGCGCCAGGUCUCAGUUCCGUUACAUGCGAGACCGACAAAAAGCCGAAAAGCAACUCGUUUCUCCUGCCGUUUGUUUUGGGUGUAACUGUGGAGGAAAUCAAGGUCGAAUCUAAGGCAAUCGCUAUUAACGCCCCUCCCGGUCUCCUUCACUAA